GACAGGUACACAGACUGAGCUAACGUGUGAGGGCAAAUGGUCUGAGAACACAAAUAUACGCCAUCCUGGGAAGAGGCCAAUUGGUAUAAAGUCCCAGCUUUCCCAUCAGGACUUGCCUGGUAAUCUACAGUGGAUCAGAGAUGACAGCCACAGUAUCAUCGCCUGAUUAGAAGACUGAUGACAGAGAGAACGGCCUAUGCCUGAUUAGAAGACUGAUACACAGAGAGAACGGCCUAUGUCUGAUUAAAAGACUGAUGCACAGAGAGAACGGCCUAUGCCUGAUUAGAAGACUGAUACACAGAGAGAACGGCCUACGUCCUCGACUUCAAAGGAGCUGGCAUAUAUCUGUAAUAAACGUCAGUGAAACAGACAUCAAUCACACCAGGUCAAGGGCAAAACAGUCACUGAGUUUCUUAGGAAGCGGUCAUGCAUGGCUGUGUGAGUUCCACAGCAUUCCACGGGCUGUCACAAAGCUUCUCUUGGUCACUCACAGGUCAGUUUCACAUUGGACACCGGUCAGUUUGAUGCCUGUCAGUUCAGUUAAUGGACCAAGAACUCGAAGCUUUUUACAUGAUUUCAGCAAACUAGCUGAUCAAUUGCAUUAAGUACAACUGACUCAUCAUACAGAUUACGGAGAAAAGGAUACUGAAAAGAGACACGCCUAAAGAGACGCCCUACACUCAUAUGUUAACUUGCUUUUCAUUGGCUCGAUAAAGCAAGGCAACAGGUGUUGACAACCAAGAGGCCUACUUUCACCGGACACUUGCUGUGACCAACCAAUCAAUGUUGUUCAUACAUGCAGCUUUUGUUUGAACCUUGUGCAACAGAUAGCUAAAACGUCAAUUCAAUGCAAAUUUGUUAAGCCUGAGGUCUUGGCCUUCUGCAUUUCACAUUGUGCAUAAAAAUCAAUAUAUUGAUCACCUGUGUAUUGAUUUUUGGAUAUUGGGAGUCGAGGAUUACAGGAUUGUCAUAAUGGACCAAACAUGUACAAUGGAUAAUACCUCAGACAGUGCCUGGUUUUAGUUAGGAAAUUCUGUCACCAAGCUUUUUGUAUAUAUCUCAAUCAAAAAUGCAUCUCCAAUCUGACAAAAUGCAUCAUGGCCAAGUUUUCAUGGGAGAGAGAAAAGAAGAUCGUGUUAAAAAGUUUGAAAUUGUGCUGAACACACCUCCUAACCACAGGUUUCAGCCAGGAAAUGAAAUUUCUGGAGCUGUUGAACUGGAAAUCAGUCAGCCGUUGGAAAUCUGCUUUUUGGAAUUUACUGUGUGCGGGUAUGCGGCAGCUUGCGCAAUACAUGCGCAGCAAGGACUGUCUUCUUCCAAACGCGAGACGUACAUGAGGAAGAGGAUUCUGAUCCUGGGUUCUCCAGAUGGCUUGACAUCUACGGUCAUCAUUCCCGGCCGUUACAGUUCAAAGUUCACCUUUGUUCUACCCACUAACUUGCCAUCGACGAGUGUUUAUGAGGACAAGAAAGGCAGUUUGUCAUUCCAAGUGCGCUACUUCGUGCAGGCUCGACUUUGCGACGAUGUUGUGUCUGCCACUUUGCGAGGACUUUCCAAACGAAGGACGAUCAUAAAAGUCUUGAUGUCUCAGCACAGAGAUUUCAUCGUUGAACGGCCGUUUGACAUAGCAGCCAUUCCCAUGGCAAUGUGGCCUGUGUCGCGAAGUGAGGACGUUGUUUUAGGAUGUGGACCUUUUGACACAGAGAAAUCCAGUUUGACGGCCACUCUUAAUCAGUCCGUUUACUGUGCUGGUGACAAAAUAUUUAUAAAACUUGAAACGGAUGUUCGUGAUGCAAAACAUUUCAAAUCUUUAAGGUUCGAACUUCGCCAAAGAGUUCAGUUACGAAAAACAGCAGAAGUACUGCACUUUAUCACAGAAUCAGUAACUGUCAAGGAGCCUACCUGGAAAAUCGAAAGGCUGGAAUCAAAACGACCUUUAGCAUUCUUCAGAGUAGCUCUACAAACCUUGAGGAAUAUUUUGCCAUCAAUUUUGGAAGGUUGCAAUCUUCUAAAGGUGAACUACUCCGUCAAAAUUUCUGCCAGACUGGUUAACCAAGCGGCCAUGAUGUUUUUCGAAGUUCCGCUGUCGAUUGCGCCCUCCAAGCAUACGAUCCUGAACAUCGACAACAAGGAAAUGAAGGUUCCCAUUUUCAAGAGACCAAUGAGAUUCCCUCGAUUCACGGAUUCUCACCAUGCAACAUUUUCACAUGACAGCAGCAGUGAUUCGAACAAUCACUCAAAUCGAUCAUCACAAAAUUCUGAUGCUAACAAUUCCAGGCAGCAGGUAACGGUGUGCGUCCAUGUGUGACGUUGUCAUGGAAACUGAAUGUGAAACUACACAAAGGACACCUAGGAAUGCAAUUCAAUCCCUCAGCCACCUGGAGGAAGAUGUGCUCUAAUCAUUAAUUCAUUAUCAUUCACAUUGUGUGAAAUACUUGCAUAUGUAUAAAUUUGGGUUGUCAAUGAAAUGUUUUGUUACCAUGGCAACCAAUUUAAGACAACAUGGACAUUAUUACAGCUGCAUUAACCACAUGUGAAUAAGCUGCAUAUAGUAGUCCUAAAAACACGAUGUUUUUUUAAUCUCGCGCUUACAUACAUCUUGAAAUUCUUUAAUCAAACUUUUAUUUUCCCACAGAAUCUGGAACUAAGUUAAAAAUGUACAUGUAAUUUGCAUGUUCACAGUUUGAAUGUAUUGAUAAUUAGAUGUACUUGCUAAGCAACAGGUCUUCUGCAUGAUCAAAGCUGGAUUUCAUGGUUGAGUCAGCACAGAAAAGUUAGCUGAAGAUUAAUAAGGUUCACAUGUGAAAUUUAAUACACGUAUGCUGAAACAAGACUGAGGUUUAAAAGAUAACUGCGCAAUAAAAAUUACCACCACUGUCUCAUUUCGUCACUGGCAAUUUUUUUUUCUAUCCCCCAAUACGCUCAUGUUAAAGAGGUUACACUGUAUUUGUAAAUCUAGAAGGGCAAAUUCAAUCCAUUUUAGAACAGCCCAAAUAAUUAUCUUUCACAAAAUAAAAGCCACACCUGUGAAAGUGUUCCUGUUCAAAAUCUGUCAUAAAAGUUCAUACAACUUUUAAAGCAAGUCGCAUUAUAAUUUUUUAGAAUCAGUUUAAUGUUACAGAUAGUGCAGGGAUGCAUCUGAUAUUUACUGAAAGGUAAUACAGUCAUAAAUCUUGGUAAAUACAAAAAAUCUGAUUUGAUCAGCGAAUAUGGAUGUUUAGCCAAAAAUCUAUAAUGUAGCCUAUUUAUUAUCUAAUUAUAAAGGCUUGUCAAUACACAUCAUGUCUGAGGCCUGUCAAUACACAUCAUGUCUGAGGCCUGUCAAUACACAUCAUGUCUGAGGCCUGUCAAUACACAUCAUGUCUGAGGCCUGUCAAUACACAUCAUGUCUGAGGCCUGUCCAUACUUUAAUUAAAGCAUGUGUCCAAACACUGCACCUGUGUAAUGUACCAAAUUAGCCAAUGUUAUAUGUACAGAACACGCAUUACAUUGCUGCAGUAUUGCACAUACUGUAAUUCUUCAACCUUUUCGCAAGUUUGCAAGAUGCUUAUUCAAACAUAUUUUGAGGGCAUUUUAAAGGGGUAUACUGAUAAAGUUAUACACUUUUUGAGGUCCUGACUCUUAUCUCCAAAAUCAUAUUUAAAACAAGCAUUACACUGAAAGUUCAAUUUCCAUUUGCACAAAGGACCUAAAAUGUCACCCCCAAAAUGUUUAUUUUCAUGGCAGAUAAAUGCAUCCUAACAUGUUACUUAUGGUGAUGAGACUUAUUUUCAAGUGAGACAUCAUCCUCCCAUCCACCAAACCUCAAAACGGCGUUCUAAGAUCGACACAACUAUCAGAAUCAUCCAAAAUGUGCAAUGUGAACUUAGGUGGAACUUUAGGUGAUUUACUGUACUCUAAAAAAGAAAAGAAAUGGCCUCUUAUAUUAAUUUGGCUAAUGACAAUUGAUAAAAAAAAACACCCCAGUUUUUUUCACAUAUUGAUAUUAAUCAGCUUUCUUUUCAUGUUACUACCCUAAUUCCUCAACCUUUUCGCAUAUGAGCAACUUUCAGUGCAAUUUAUGCACAUUUUUAAUUCAAUUUUGGGGUCAAAACUAUAUUGGUGGAAUUGGUCAGCUUCAGGGUUUAACAAAAAUUAUAAUUUCAUCCGUGUACACAGAAUAAUGCCUUUAGAAUAUACUUGAAUAAACACCUUGCAAACAGGCAAAAAGGUUGAAGAGUUACAGUACUUGUACGUAUAUCUACAGUUAAUGAUUAACAUAAAAAGUUGAAAAAGUUAGAGAUCAAUUUCCAUCAUAGAAUAAAGAAGUCCUCACACAUCCCAUGAUGCAUUAUGUGUCACAACAUCCAUGUAAUUAGGAUUGCACGGGAAAACAAAUUCAGGCCUUCUGUUGUUAAAGGCGUUAAAAUCUGUUUAUUCUGAUCAUGUGAAUGGAAGGAUAAUGCUAAUGGCAGAAUAUUACAAUAGUAUUGUCCUAGGUUACCCAUCAUUCAAGGUACAUUUUCACACACCACAUGCAAUUAAGGUUGUACUGUUAUUGUCACAAAUUCAUGUAGCAUCAUUUAGCUUAUAAUGUCCAGCUUCUUAAUUUCCAUUCAAAGACAAGUUUAAAUCCAGUGUACAGCUAUCUUAUGCAAUGAAACACGUUUUCUUUUUCUUUUCUCUUUUUUACAUAAAAAUUUGUUUCUGUGUGUAAGUAUAUGUACCAAUUGAGCCCGCAAUAGCUUUCAUGUCAGAGCAUUUAUGUGAAGUAACCAUGGCAACAUGUCUAUCCAUGUGUGAAAAUUCACGACAUUGUUUGUUAAAGCAACACAUUUCUGUAGUCCACGGUUUUUGUCUCCUCUUACAGGGGAACUACAAUUAAUGCUUUCACAAAAUCUGUUGUCAACAUAGGCCUCUCCUCGUUUCUUCAUGAAAAUAAUUCAAUAAAUACUUUUAGCACAAAUUUUUACAACUGUUCAGUGUAUUUAAAGAACUUGUCUGUCAGUAAGGUAUAGGUAGUUAUAAUUGAAGUUCCUGUGAUUUCCAGUAAUUACCUGCAAGAGAUACCUUGUAACCUGUAACAAGUGAGAGUUACAAAAUGUUCUCUUUUCUGCCUGUAUGUCGGCCUAAUCUGGAUACAACAGUUUAAAAGGAUAAAAAAAACUGACACCAAAAAAAACUGGCUACACAUAAAUGUUAUUACAUGACCUCAAACUGCUCUGAUCCCUGAUGGGUUGUCGUGAAAUCACUUUCAAGAGAGAUAAGCAAAUAUUUCAUGUAUUAUAUUAUAACUACUGUAAUUCUUCAACAUUUUUGCAUGUUUGCAAGCUGUUUAUUCAAGCGUGUUAAAAAUUAUACUUUUUGAGAAACCCUAAAAUUGGCCAA